AUGCUGUUUGGCUAUGCUCAAACACAAGAUGCAAACUGCAAUUACGAACAAAAUGUCAUUGCAGGCAGAGAUUAUUACAUAUAUAGCCCAAACUAUCCCAAUAACUAUAACGCAGGAGCACAGUGCCGAUGGAUUGGGAAUUGCCCCAUAGGAUACAACUGCAGACUUGAUUGCGGUGAAAUUAAUUUACCACAGACCCCGUCGUGCUCAGGAGAUCGUCUGGUGAUAUCCACGGCGGGGGACCCGCUGUUGACCUCGGGAGACACUUAUUGCGGAACAGGCUCUUUGACUGCGGUUUCCACUGGACAGAGAAUAAGCAUAGGUUUAAUCACAGCUUCUAACACUACUGGAGGCAAAUUUUCGUGUAAGUUGACUGCACAGCUUCAAUCAAUGACUGAUUCGUGUCAGUGUGGAUAUCAAAGAGCGAACCGAAUUGUCGGCGGAACCGAGACAAGGCCUAACGAAUUUCCAAUGAUGGCAGGAAUCGUGUACGUUGAUGAAGCUGCCAUUAAAUGUGGUGCAGUGAUAAUUUCUAGAAAUGCUGUGGUGACCGCCUCCCAUUGCGUGAUAAAUAAGGGGAUAAAUGAAAUAGGUGUUAUUGUUGGAGAACAUGAUACUAGAACCGGAGCUGACUCGAAUGCCACGCAGCUUUUUCGAGUGUCAAGGAUUAUAACUCAUCCCUACUAUACACCAGCUAACUAUGACUACGAUGUAGCCAUCGUGAAAGUGCUUGGACAAAUAAUUUUUUCGGCUCUUGUUGGUCCUGUCUGCUUACCUUUCAAAUACCGUAAUAGCAACUACGACUUCACUGGAGAUACGGUUACUGUUUUAGGUUGGGGUACUCUUGCUCCUGGAGGUACACCGUCUAAGGUUCUGCGAAAGGUAGAUCUGAAUGUGAUUAGCCAGAGCGUUUGUCGACAGAGUUUCAGUUCCGUGACGCCGCGUCAAAUGUGCACUUAUACGAGGGGAAAAGACGCUUGCCAGGACGACUCAGGCGGUCCACUGUUAUAUAGAGACCCUAAUAUCGGAGUGCUAUUCAAUAUUGGUAUUGUGAGCUUUGGUACGUUCUGCGCAUCAACUACGCCGGGAAUCAACACUCGUAUCACGGCUGUGUUAGACUGGAUCUUGUCUACUGCUCCUGAUAAUUAUUGCAUCAAA